CAAAAUGCUAGUUAAUAUAAAUAAAUUAUAUAGAUUUUUUACCUUCAUAUGCUCCUGCAGAAACUAUAUGUUUAUUCUAUGAAAGAAGUUCAAAGAGAAACGUUGGUGUGAUAAGUCUAAAAAUGAUAAAGUUGUUUGUAUUUAUUUGUCUUGUUUCGGCAACCUAUGCUGAAUUAUUCCUACAGAGAAACAAAGGCGCUACUUUGAAACCGUUAUCAGCGUGUUGUGAUAUUCCUGAAUUAGGCAAUUCAAAGCCGUUGACUGAAUGUUCUAAUCCCAAAUUGCCUGGACCCUGCAAUGACGUCCAAUGCGUGUUCGAGAAAUCUGGGUUCCUUAUUAACAACCAAACUCUAAACAAGGAUACCUACAGGACCCACCUGCGGCAGUGGGCUGAGAACCACAAGGGCUGGUCAGAGGCUGUGGAGAAAGCCAUCCAGGAUUGCGUGGAUAAGGAACUUCGACAGUAUCUAGACCAACCUUGCAAAGCUUAUGAUGUGUUCACUUGCACUGGAAUCGCUAUGAUAAAGAAAUGUCCUAAAGAAGCGUGGAAGUGUUAGCAGGCAGACCAACAAGAUCUCUCCUUAAUAGCAUAAAUAAUUGUUAUAUACCUAUGACGUUUAUUGUAAAUUACAAUGUCCGAGAAAAGAAAUCUAGAAAAUACUUCGAUAUAAUGUCACUUCUGAACAAAUAAAAAAUUACUU